CAUGCAUAUUAUUAUCAAUGUCACACAUAUAAUAAAGUAUACAAAAACCUUUUACAAUGAAGACAACAAUAUUCCUCUCAAUAUUUAUUCUCUCUACCUUCUCUUCAAACUUGAUAUUUCUCAGCACAGCCAACUCUGCUCCCAGCCCAGUCCGCGACAUAGAUGGCAAAGAGGUCCGAGCAGGCAUCGAUUACUACAUCCUGCCCGUAUUCCGCGGCAAAGGUGGUGGGCUAACCCUAGCCAGCACCACCCAAAGGUGCCCACUCGACGUGGUCCAAGCACGACAAGAGGUCGACCAUGGCCUCCCAUUAACAUUCUCUCCUGUAAACCCUAAAAAAGGCGUGGUUCGGGUAUCAACCGAUCUGAACAUCAAGUUCUCUGCCGCGACUAUCUGUGUUCAAUCAACUGUGUGGCGGCUCGCCAAUUAUGAGAAGUCAACAGGACAAUACUUUGUAACAACUGGUGGUGUUGAGGGAAACCCUGGUCCCGAAACCGUGCGUAAUUGGUUUAAGAUUGAAAAGUUUAAUGAUGAUUAUAAGCUUGUUUUCUGUCCCGGGGUGUGUGAUGUCUGCAAAGUUAUUUGUAGAGAUGUUGGGAUUUAUAUCGAUGAGCAUGGAACGAGGCGUUUGGCUCUGAGUGAUGUGCCAUUCAAAGUCAUGUUUAAGAAGGCUUAAUGGUUGGUUUAGUUUCAAUUAUAUAAGAACAAUAAGCACUGUUAAAUAAAGAAUCCUUAUUGUUCUUUCAUGUAAUGUUGCAAUAAAGAUUUCGUCAGGUCAUGUAUCCUCACAAACCAAACAAGUAAUAAAUUGACUAUUGUAUUGUAUUCCAUAA